GAUGCCCUCCCAAGGAUGGGGAGGCUGGGGCGCGGUGUCCUGCCCACUGAUCUCGCCUGUUGCAAGGGGCACUGGCUUCCCCGCUCCCCGCCCUUUGUUGGCAUCUGGAGCCCAGAGCCCUUGGGCUGCCCCCGGUGGGGCGGGGCGGGGCGGAGCCCGGCCCUUAAAGCGGCGGCCCCGCGGCAAGGGGAGGAGCCGCCGGGCCGGGAUAAGGCUCCGCGGCUCGCAGAGCUCACUCCUUCCCGCGAGCUGCCGGGAGCGCACCGUAGGGUGUCCGGAGCGCAGCGCCCCCAGCCCCGCCACGCCCCGUCCCGUUCGCGCCCCCACCCCCACCGGCAUGAGGCCGCCGUGCGCUCGCUGUCGCCGGCGCAGCGGGGGCUAAGGUGCCCUCCAGGAGCGCAGAGAGAGCGCCGGGUGCCACCGGGCUGAGCGCACCGGGCACCAGCAUUGGAGAGUGCUGUGCGCUCAGCGCCCCUGCCCAGGCGCGGGCACUGGACUGAGUCCCCCCGAGCGCUGGAGAGCACCGCAGACUGAGCGCACCGGGCACCGGACUGAGCGCACCCGGCACUGGCAUUAGAGAGUGUUGAGUGCCCUCUGCCCAGGCGCCAGCACCAGACUGGGCACUGACACAGAGCCGAGCACCCCAGGCACCAGCGAGCACUGUGGCCUGAGAACCCAACGCCUGGGCACCGGUAAGCCCUGCAGACUUGGCAGUGGACUGAGUUCCCCAUGCAUUGGUAUUGAGCCCCUGCAGACUGGGCUUUGGCAAACACCGCAUCCAGCUGGAUCGGCGCUGGGCACCUGGACACUGCUGGCUGAGGGUCACUGAGGCUUGGAUCUGCCCCUGCCCUGCUCCGUCCAUCUGCCCUUCUACGCUCACCUUGGCAACAUGCUGCCCCGGCCAGUACGCCUUCUGCACGGCUCUGUCACCCCCCUCUUCUGCCUUCUGGCGCUGAUGGCGGCCCUGCCCCCGGGGGUGCCCACCUGCCCCAUGCUGUGCACCUGCUACUUCUCCCCACCCACGGUCAGCUGCCAAGCCAACAACUUCUCGUCGGUGCCCCUGGUGCUGCCCCCCAACGCCCAGCGCCUCUUCCUGCAGAACAACCUGAUCGGGGCACUGCGGGCGGGCACCUUCGGGCCCAGCACCAUCACGCUCUGGCUGUACUCCAACAACAUCUCCUCCAUCCAGCCCGGCACCUUCCGCCACCUGUCCGCCCUGGAGGAGCUGGACCUGGGGGACAACCGCAACCUGCGCAGCCUGGACCCCGACACCUUCCGGGGGCUGGAGCGCCUGCAGUCCCUACACCUCUACCGCUGCCAGCUCAGCAGCCUGCCCAGCACCCUCUUCCGCAGCCUCUUCAGCCUCCAGUACUUGUACCUGCAGGAGAACAACCUGCUCUACCUCCAGGACGACCUGUUUAUGGACCUAGCCAACCUGAGCCAUCUCUUCCUGCACGGGAACAAGAUCCGGGUGCUGUCAGAGCACGUGUUCCGGGGGCUGUGGGGGCUGGACCGGCUGCUGCUGCACGUCAACCGGCUGCACUCAGUGCACCGCUGGGCCUUCCGCGACCUGGCCAAACUCACCAUCCUCUACCUGUUCAACAACAGCCUGGCGACGCUGCCGGGCGAGACGCUGGCCGAGCUGCCCUCGCUGGAGUUCCUGCGCCUCAACAACAACCCCUGGGCCUGCGACUGCCGCGCCCGCUCCUUGUGGGCCUGGUUCCAGCGCUCCCGCGUCUCCAGCUCGGCCGUGGCCUGUGCCACCCCGCCUGAGCGCCAGGGUCGUGACCUGCGCCACCUGAGCCAGGCCGAUUUCUGGGACUGCCUCCCGGCCAACCACGCCCCGGCCUGGCCUGCCGGGGGCACCAAGCCGAAGUGGGGUGGGGAGGCCGAGGCAGGCCGGCCCCGCAGCAACAGCUCCUCCAACCACCUGUACGGGCUGGGGGAAGCUGGGGCGCCUGCCGCCGACCCCUCCUCCUUCUACCGGGACCUGCCGGCCAGUGACAUCCGCAGCCCCAAGUACGACUCGCCCACUGAGGUGGACUACUGGGCCGGCUAUGGUAGUGAGGAGGGCCGGCUCAAGGAGGGUUGUGCCGGGCCCGGCUGCUCCCCGCUGGACUCUGGGGCCUGCCAGCCAGGCACACUGCCCGCAGCCCUACCCCUACUCCUGCUGCUGCUGUUGGGGCCCCCUGGGCUCUGACCCAGCCCAACUAGACUGCCCAGGACUGAGCAAGGACAGCGACUGUGGGAGGAGGGGAGGACAGGCCCUAAAUAACCCCCCACGGCACUGAGACUGAGGGGGGCAGGCCCUCAGCCCCCAUUCUGGGACUGAGCCUGCCUUGUUUCUCUCUCACACUCACUCUCACACACACACCUGCCCUUGUGGGCAGCUGGCUAGGGGGGAAUGUGGAGUUUGAGCAACGGGUGCUUUCUCGAUGCCCAGUGGAUUCCUGCUGCUUGUCUGCUUUUGGAUGGGAGCCCAUCAGUGCAAACAGGACCCCCAGAGAACCCCCUGCUGGCACCCCAGCUUCCCUCCCCAUUAGGCCCCCACAGCUCCAGGGAACACCCCCAUAGGACCCCACCCAGCAGCACCCACCUCUGAUCUCCCCCACACCCAAGGGACCCUUCCAUGCUAGCCCCCAACCCCGUUGAUGUUGCUCACUGGACCCCCCCACCCCCUGCACCAUCUCUCCCACCCUGGCUAGAGCCCCCCCUUCCUAUGUGACGAACUGUGCAGGGGGACCAGCUGUUGGAUGCCUCUUCCCCCCGCAGAAGUCCACAGCAUGGUCCCUAGGAGUUAUAGCUCCCCUCCUGCUGAGGAGAGAGGGGGAUCAGUGUCUUUUUAAUCCCCUACUGUCCCUUCUAAGCCACACCACCCCCUGCUCCCACAUGCCCACAACCGCCCCCCCAGCCCAUUCCCCGCAUCCUUAUAAUCUCCACUCCAAGCUACUGCCUCCCCCCCACACUGCCUCCUAAUGGAGAGAGAGAGAGAGCAGCGUCCCCUCCCCUGCAGUACUCCCAGCCCCUUCUUUCCCUCUCCCACAUGACACCCCCCCUCAUCCCCACCCACCUCUCCCUUCCCCCAUCUCCGUGUUCCUGGACUGGCCCUCGGGGAUGAAAGCUCUUUCCUUCUCCCCUUCCCUCCUCUGAAUCUGGUGGGAUCUCCCCCCAAGCCCCGCUCUGCGGCUCUGACCCCCCAUUUGCCGACACGUCUGAUGCUGGAUGUUUUUCUGCUGCUCACCCUGGCCCCCAUCUAACAAGCAAAAAAAAAGGGGGUUGGAAAAUUAUUUAUUAAAAAAAAUUCUAUUAUUUUAGGCCGGUUUUUUGGACUUAGUCACUCAAGCACGUGGGCAGCAGCUGCCUUGGAGUCCAGUUCCUGAGCUUGCCCGCUCUUGCCUGGGCAGCACAGGGGUAUUCAGAUUGCUGGCUCCUGGCUCGCUCUCUGGAUCCCAUCUCAGGCCAGGAGGGUGCCAAGCCUGGUGGGUCUGAGUCCUGAUGGGGUAGGUGCCCUCCUUACCAGCUCCUCAUGCCAGCUGGCACAGAUUCCCAUCCCCGCAGAGCGGGCAUGGACUCAGCAGGCAGAGGAGGUGAGCAGCAGCAGCUCUGGCAACUUUUGGUCUCUUGCCCACAGAAUCUGCUCUCAUUUCAAAUCAGCAGCUUCUGUCUCCUGAAGCUGGCAGUGAUUUGGGGGAAUCCUGGUGGCCCAACCUAUUGGCCCCCUGCCUCCCCCCCCCCGAUGACUAUCCCCAUUGCAGGCUCUCACUCUCAGCAUCGUAGAGAGAACCCUACAGAGGCGCGACGUGCAUGCUGCUGCCUGAGUCUGCAGCCAGCGUGAGCCGAUGGCCUUGGGGGUGUCCCUUUCAGCUGAGUAUGCUGUUAACUCUGGAACCCAAGGGUGGUGAUCACACUGAAAAUGACAUGAACUUGUGGGUUGCUGCCCAAAGCCCCCUGCCCAGCAUCUACUUUCAGGGGCCUGGCACACUUGGACCCCAUGUUCACUCGUGCUCUCUUGCCCCCCUGCACUUCUGUCUCCCCAUUAUUGGGGUUAGGGGUGGGUGCAGGGUGAGCAUGAGGUUGAUCAUGGGGUGGAGGUGAGGGAUGGGGUGGGGUGAUCACAUGGGGAUGGGAGUUGGAGGUCAGUGAGGGGGGUCAAAGCAGGGUCUCACUGGAGCCCUGUGCUGUGGAGGUAUAGGCAGGUCUGGCGCUGUGCCAGAGGGGGUGGCUCUGCCUUUCCAGGUCAUGUCAUUCUCCUCGUGAAAUAUUCAUGGCCUCUCUUGCAGAACAGCAGCACAAGCCAGUGAGCACUGCUGCGUGAAAGAGCCUUCCCGCAGGGCAACCCAGCACUCCCUUCCCCCAUCCGCAUCCAGGGGUCGCCUCAUGCCACAUGAACCCCAGUCCCACCCUUGCCCCUUCUACCCCAAUCCUCAUGAGGCUCAAGGGGGCCUGGCCAGCCAUGGGGGGAGAACAGAGCGCAGGACAGAGCAACCACCCCGCAGCCAGCCAGGGGACACCAGGGAGGCGGGAGGGACAGGUCUGGCCAUGGUACAGCUUUUGUGUUUACAAGAGGAGUUAAAGCCACAGAGGGCUGGGACCGGCUCAGCCUCCCCUCAGCAGGCUGGCUGGUGUGAGCCACCAUGUGAGGGGCUCUAGCCCAGAGCUAUCUUCUCCCCUCCCUCCCUCUCCCAAAAAAAAAACACACUUGGCUGAGGGGCAGGUAAGGUAGCUCAGUGCAUCUGUAUCUCAGCACUUCUCUGGCCCCCUCCCGUCUCCAUCUGUAAUGUAGUUACCAGUGCCCCAUGCAGCAGGGCUAUUCUCCCCAUCGUACAGAGAGAAACCGAGGCACAGAGCAGCUCUGUGUGCUGACACAAUUCCCCUUCCCCCCAAAAAAAGUUUUCUGAAAUGAUGCCCCUGGGUGGGAAGCUAAUGGGAACAGAGUCUAACCAGAGGGAGUGCUGCGUGCCUGAGUCUGCCCGCAGCUGAAACAACAGCUCUAGCAUGGGUACUAGCCA